AUGAUCUACUCUAAUGUCACAAGGACGAGAAGCUUUUUAAUUCUUGGAUUCCCUGGACUUUCGCCACAGUAUUAUGGAUUCGUAUCAGUUCUGCUCUUUUUCAUCUACCUUGUUAUCAUAAUAGGAAAUAUUUUCAUUUUAGCAUUUGUAGCCUAUGAGAAGAGCCUGCAGAAACCAACAUACCUGGUGUUUUGUCACCUGGCACUGAACGACCUAACAUUUGGCAAUGUAACUCUCCCAAAGAUCAUAUCUAAAUACUGGUUUGGUGAUGGUGUUAUUUCCUUUUAUGGGUGCUUUGCACAGAUGUUCUUUGUUCAUUAUUUAGGAUCAGUGACUUCCUUCAUCUUGUUGGUGAUGGCUCUUGAUCGCUUUGUUGCUAUAUGUAUUCCUCUGCGCUACCCCGUCCUGAUCACAAACAACACCAUAUCUGUGCUCUGUGGGUUUGCUUGGUUCAUACCUGUGUCUAUCAUGGUGACCGUUAUUUUCCAGGCCCUCACUUUACCCUACUGUAAAUCGAAUGUCAUUGCUCAGUGUUACUGUGACCACAUUUCUAUAACCAGACAGGCAUGUGGUGAGGAUGUGAGAACUAUACAGGUCACUGGUGUCUGUAUGGCCAUGUUUUGUCUUUUACUUCCUCUUGCAUUCAUCUUGUUUUCAUAUGCUUCAAUAAUCAGGACGAUUCUGAAAAUGUCCAAUGCUGCUGGGCGCAAAAAAACCAUAUCAACUUGUACUCCUCAAAUGUUCAUUACAUGUCUUUUUUACCUCCCAAGAUGUUUUGUUUAUGUGGCUAACAUUGCUGGCUUUUCUUUCAGCUUAGAUGUGCGUAUUUUACUGAUAUUGCUUUACAGUUUGUUUCCUCCUGCUGUCAAUCCAAUCAUAUACUGUUUCAAGACCCAGGAUAUCAAGCAGACUUUGACGAAGAAGCUUAAAACAAGCAGGAUUGGAGAAGAAAUUAAGCUUUCAUUCUCAUAG